AUGACGGCGUCUGCAAACUCGGUGGCGUGGGCAACCACCCUCUUGUCUCAAGCCCGUCCGGAACAGGUAUUCUUCCCAGGCACAGCGGCGUACGAGCUGGCCCGGAACGGCUUCUGGUCCAACAUCCAGAAAGAACUGCAGCCAGCCUGCAUCUACCAGCCGCGCAAUGCAGCUGAUGUCUCCUUAGCCGUGGUGAUAUUUAACAUCACCAAAUGUCCCUUCAAUGUGAAGAGUGGAGGGCACGGCCGGUUUGCCGGGGAAUCGAGCAUCGGUAACGAGGGUGUGUUGAUCGACCUCGCCCACAUCAAUCACAUCAAGGUCUCAGACGACCGCAAGAGCGUGGCCGUCGGGCCUGGAUUGCGGUGGGUGGACGUGUAUGGGUGCCUGGAGCCCCUCCAUCUCACCGUCGUCGGUGGGCGCGAUGCCGACGUCGGCGUCGGCGGCUUUUUGCUUGCAGGUGGCAUCGCGUUCCAUUCGAGUAUGUACGGUUGGGCUACGGAGAAUAUCCGGUCCAUGGAAGUCGUCCUGGCAAGCGGCCUUGUGGUGACGGCGAGCGAGUCUUCCCACCCGCACCUCUUUCGCGCUCUCCGCGGCGGCGGCGGCAACUUCGGGAUCGUGGUUUCGUUCGUGCUGGACGCCUAUCCAUACGCAGGCAUGUGGGGGGGCCGAAGGUUCACCAGUGACGAAGACACCGGUGCUUUGCUCGACGCGUUCAUGAAAUACGGCCACCAGUCGCCCGCCGACCCCAAGGUGUCGGUCAUCUUGAACCACACGAUUCUCAACGGGGAGUUCGUCUGGGUGAACGAUUUGGAGUACUGUGAACCGGUAGUGCUGGCUCCAGACGGCCCCCUCAUCCCAGACCUGCUGCAGGACUUCAUGAAGCUCCCCACGUCGAUGGACGAGACGACCAACACGCACAACUCGGCGCUCACCGUCGCGAUGGCUUCGGGAUCCCCUCGAGGCUACCGCAACUCGUACUGGGGACUUGCCGCCAAGCUGGAUCGCCGGGUUCUCGAUUUCUACGUCGAAAUGUACAGGCGAGAAGGGGCCAAGCUGGCCCAAUUGCCUGGCGUGGGCGCCGGUGGCGACAUCCAGGUCAUCACAGCGGGGAUGAGAGCGGCCAUGGGUCGUCGGGGAGGCAACGUCUUGGGCCUUUCAGACUCGACGGAGCCGUUGCUCCUGUUCAACCCGGCUCCUAGGUGGACGGACCCUCGUCACGACGAGAUCGUCCUGUCGACUAUCAACACCAUCAUCACGGCCACCGAGGCCAGAGCCCGUGAGCUGGGUCUCGCCCACUCCUUCCUCUAUAUGAACUAUACGGCCGGCUGGCAGGAUCCAAUUGCCGGGUAUGGCGCCGAGCAGAAGCGCUUCCUGCAGAGCGUGUCUCGCAAAUACGACCCAGAGGGAUUCUUCCAGACCAUUCGCAAGGGAGGCUUCAAGUUGGGUGGAAGUCCCAAGUCUCUACAGCAGUGGGCAGGCUCAAGUUGUGAACGGCCACAUAAAACGUAG